GUUGCAUUCAUUUUUAUUCAUUUCACUUUAUUUUCUUGCUCAGUGUAUUUCCAUUGGUAUCAACAUUGAAAGUAAAAACUUGUCACUUUAUCAAUAUAAAUUGUCCAUCAAUAUUUUUGACCAUUUGUUCAACUGUUGAAUCAACCAAACAAAACUGGACUAUAAAGAUAGACAACAGUUUAAACCCUUUUUAUCUUCAAAUUUUGUUUUCCAUCUUAAAACGUUCUUUAAUCAGCUGUGUUUUCUGUCAAGCCAAACUGUUGACCAAAUUAUGUGUUUUCGGAUUUAAUUGAAGGUUGGACAAUUUGACAAUUUGUGACUUCACUUGACCAUCUUUUUGACUUCUUUUUGUUUCCAAAUUGCUGUGCAAAUUUUGGUCAAGGUUAUCAAUGGAAACUGAUUAAUCAAAAAUGUGAUCCAAAUCGAAAGCUGCAAUUCAAUCAAAUUUUUUAUACACGAAUCGGGAAUGAAAUCAAGGUAUUCAUAUUUAAUCUGUCUAGAGUCUGGAAAAGUUGACAAUCAAUCAAACUAGAAUUGGUUUGAAAAAAGUUAAAGUUGAUGCAAAAUAAAAACUGGAAACAAAGCAAAGUAAAAGAUGAAAAUUGAUUUACCAGAAAAUGUCUUAAGUAUUGUCAAUUGGUUUAGUCUUGUAUCACUUGUUUUUGGUCUUAUUGAAGGUGAUCCAAUAAUGAUUGAAAUUAAAGUUGUUGUUGGUGGAAGCGUUUCACUUCCCUGUAAUGUUACGAAUACAAUUGAAGAUGAUUCAGUUACUCUGAUACUUUGGUAUAAGGAGGGAACUGGAGGUCAACCCAUUUAUACUAUGGAUUCACGUACUAACCUUGACUUUACUGGGCCACAAGUUUUUACUCAUCAACUUUUAGGUAAUAGAGCAACUUUUCAAUUCAACAAAUCAUCCGUCCGUGGUUCACUGUUGACUAUUGAUCCAGUUAUCAAUGAAGAUAAUGGUAAUUACAAGUGCCGAGUCGAUUUCAGAAGAGGGCGAACUCAAGUAACAAAUGUAAACCUUUUUGUAAUUGUGCCUCCUGAAAAAAUCAGCAUAAUCAAUAAUAAUGAUGAUGGCAAAGAGAUAAUUCCUAAUACUACAUUGUCUUUUAAUGAAAAUACUAACGUUAAUCUCGUCUGUCAAUCUUCUGGAGGGCGACCGUCUCCGUCUCUGAUAUGGUAUUUCAAUGAGAAACUACUGGAUGAUGAUUAUCACAUUGCUGAUUCUACUAUUAGUUUGGUUGAAAAUCAUUUAACAAUCCCAAGUGUUGAUAGAAAAAUGCUCAAUUCAAUUUUAUCAUGCAAAGCUUCCAAUAAUAACAUUACUGUUGGGCCAACGAUAGCUUUCAUAUUAGAUUUAAAUAUUAAACCGAGUUCAGUUGAAAUUACAAAUAGUCGAGAGCCAAUUUCAGCUGGUCGUAAGAUUGAAAUUACUUGCCUUGCUACCGGAUCUCGACCACCAGCACGAAUAGUUUGGCUCAAAGAGGACAAACUAAUGGUACAUUCAAGAGAAAGCUAUUCAACUGAUGGUCUUGUAACAACAAGUGCCUUAAUUUUAAUGCCAACUCGUGAUGACAAUCAUGUUAAUAUCAUUUGUAAAGCUGAUAAUCCAAGGCUCAUCAAUAGCACCAUUCAAGAUUCAUGGAUUCUUGAAGUUUAUUAUGAUCCCAGAGUUAUUUUAUCAAUGGGAAAUGCAACUAAAGCUGCCGUAGUCAAAGUUGGUGAUCGAGUUGAAUUUGAUUGCAAUGUUUCAGCGAAUCCUAUGGUUCAUAAGGUCAGUUGGUUUCGAGAUGGACAACCUUUGAUUAAACACGCAAGAAUGAAACAAGUCAAUACUACAUUGGUUAUAGAAAGGUCAAUUCGGAGAGAUCAUGGUCGAUAUCAAUGUUCAGCCAUUAAUAUUGAAGGAGAAAACAUUUCCAAUGUCUUUCAUUUAGAGGUUCAUUAUCAACCAGCUUGUAAAAAGGAUCAACGAAAUGUUUAUGGUGUUUCUCUUGGUGAAAAGAUUACCAUUCCAUGUCAAGUUGAAGCUUCACCCGAUCGAGUGGAUUUUUAUUGGCUUUUCAAUGGUUCCAUUGUGCAUGAUAAUCAAUCACUGGGGUUAAAGUACAUUUCAGAAGGUUUAACUAGUUGGCUUGAAUAUAAGGUCAAAUCCAAAGAAGACUAUGGUAUAUUUGAAUGUUGGUCAAGAAACGCCAUUGGAUCACAGAUUGAGCCUUGCCUCUUCACUUUAAUACCUUCAGGUCCACCUGAACCUCCUCAAGCUUGUACAAUAGCCAAUCGUAGUGAGACUCGAUUACAGGUUUCAUGUUUACCUGGUUACGAUGGAGGCUCAUCUCAGAACUUUAAUCUUCAAGUGUUGAACAAUCGGAAACAAGUGCUGCAAAAUAUUACAACCUCAAGUGAACCUGUUAUAUUCAAUAUAAGUGACCUUAAUCCAAAGUCAAGUUAUACCCUCAUAUUAUAUUCAUCCAAUUUAAAAGGGUUAAGCAAACCCAUUUCCCUGGUAACAUCAACUUUACCAGUUUCAUCCAAAAACGAUAAUUUCAACCUUUACAUACUUGAUUCUGAAAUAAUGUCGGCUGUUAGAUUGGGCUUGUUAUCAGCUUUAAUUUUAAUAACCAUCGUCAUCAUAAUUGGUGUUUGCAUUAAAAAACAUCGCAAAUUCAAAAAUACAACUAUUCAUCAAUUGAAAGAAGUUUUGGAUGAGUCUCUAAACGAAAAUCAAAUCACUGAUCAAAACAAUUGUAUAAAAGCGUAUACUCCGGGUCAAAUUAAUCCAGAUGUUGUCCCAUUAUCGAAGGAUAAUUUUGCUGAUCCUUGCAUUUCAGGAUCAAACCAUUUCAACGAUUAUUUGAUUCCUUCGAACAAUCAAAUGUUUUCAAGUUAUAAUCUUAGUCGUUCCGGUUCACAAGGCUAUGGAAUCAACUUUGCCGAUGAAAAGCUGUAUCCAAUCAUAUCCAAUCCCGAGAUUCGAGCCUCUCAUUACCAACAAGUGUCUAACAUUGGAAAUUCCAUUUUUCUAAAUGAUCUGUCAACUCGAAAUCAACUUUUACCACGUCGAAGCCUACAAUAUUCAACAAAUCUAAGACAAUUCUUUUCUUUCCUUCCAGACUCAACGUAGAAACGUUCAUUUUGGAACAUAUUUCAAUGGAUUCUCAACUCCGGUUUGAAUCCAUCAUCUGGAUGUUCAUCUACUUCGCACCUACAACUCUUUAGUCAGUCCAACUACAAUCCUGAUAACUACCAUAUUAAUCGUAUAAAUGAAAAAUUUAGAAAAUCGGAGACUUAUUCUGCUGUUAUGUUGCAAACACUUUAAAUUGGCAGAUUAAUAACAGACGUUGACCCUGCAACUGCACGAAUAGUUUGGCUCAAAGAGGACAAACUAAUGGUACAUUCAAGAGAAAGCUAUUCAACUGAUGGUCUUGUAACAACAAGUGCCUUAAUUUUAAUGCCAACUCGUGAUGACAAUCAUGUUAAUAUCAUUUGUAAAACUGAUAAUCCAAGGCUCAUCAAUAGCACCAUUCAAGAUUCAUGGAUUCUUGAAGUUUAUUGUAAGUUCAUACUUUCUGCACUUCUUUCCAGUUUUUAUUGUAAAUAUCACAAUGUCUAUCAAUAAAUUCCUUGUAGGAGUUAAGUUUUGUAACUAUUAAUAAAAGUAAAACAUGCAAUUUGUUAA